AUGGGGACUGCUGCAACGGCAAUCUCUGCGCCUCAGGAACUUGCCAGGCUCCAGCAACAUGCUCAACGCCCCAAUUCACAUGUCGAACUUCAUGCUGCAAUGAAGGCCAAGUCUGUGGUACCAACGGCUUCUGCAGAGCCCCAUGUGGCUUUCUACAGCAAGACUGCGGUGAUGGUCGUUGUGGACGAGGCGGGCAAGGAGGCUGCAGAACGAAUGACGAUUGCUAGAGACUGCUUCAAUCCUUUCGCGGCUCAAGGCGGUCAGGGCAUUUGCAAUUUUUGA